UCACGUGGAUAAUUCUGUCUCUCCCCCUCCCUUCCACUCUCUCUAAAAAUAAAUGGGAAAAUAUCCUCCAGGGAGGGUUAACAACAAAAAAGUAGGCUACUGAUUGGCAGGGCCAGUUUCAAUUUAGCAGGCUGCCCUGGCCUAUUGGGCGCUUAGCCUGCAGAUGGGCGGCCUGCCAUUAGAGGCUCCCAAACACCAGUUCUAACUUUCUCCAGAUCCCCAUUCAGUCGAUCCGAGGUCUGAAAUUAAGUUGCAAAAAGAUGGCCUCAUCUCUUGCUGUCCUGCGAGCGUCUGGACACUGCGGACGGGGCCUGGGAAGUUGGGCACGGCCCAGAACUCCAAAGUUGAGCGCUAAAGUGCCAGUCUCUUGGGCCCCUGCCAGGAUGGCGGCGACCGUGACCUUGGAGCCCGCGGGCCGCAGCCGCUGGGACGAGAGAUUGCUAGAUCAUAUGUUUUUAAAAAAGUGUUUCAAGAAUAGUUUAGUUUUGUGUUUUGUUUCUUUCAAAGAACCCGGACCCUUUCCUGGGAUUGUGGACAUUUUUGGAGUUGGAGGUGGCCUUCCAGAAUAUCGAGCUAGUCUCCUAGCUGGGAAGGGUUUUGCUGUGAUGGCUCUGGCUUAUUAUGGCUAUGAAGACCUCCCCAAGAGCAUAGAAACCCUCCACCUGGAGUACUUUGAAGAAGCUGUGAACUACCUGCUUAAUCACGCUCAGGUAAAGGGCCCCGGAGUUGGGCUGCUUGGGAUUUCUAAAGGAGGUGACCUCUGCCUCUCCAUGGCCUCGUUUCUGAAGGGCAUCACUGCUGCAGUCAUCAUCAAUGGCUCCGUGGCCAAUGUCGGAGGAGCCUUACACUACAAGGAGGAGACCUUGCAGCCUCUAGGUUUCGACCAAAAUCGGAUCAAGGUCACCAAAGACGGCUUUGCAGACAUUUUGGAUGUCCUGAACAACCCUUUGGAAGGACCCGACCAGAAGAGUUUCAUUCCCGUGGAAAGGUCUGAGAGCACCUUCCUGUUCCUUGUAGGUCAGGAUGACCACAACUGGAAGAGUGAAUUCUUUGCUAACGAGGCCUCUAAACGCUUACAGGCCCAUGGUAAGGAGAAGCCGCAGAUAAUCUGUUACCCAGAAGUGGGGCACUACAUUGAGCCUCCUUACUUCCCCCUGUGCCGGGCCUCCCUGCACUCCCUGUUGGGCACAAAUGUCAUCUGGGGGGGAGAGCCCAGGGCUCAUGCCAUGGCCCAGGUGGAUGCUUGGAAGCAACUCCAGAUUUUUUUCCACAAACACUUGGGAUAAUCCCACCAACACUGUAAUCCUUUAUUUGUGUGGCAUCUCUGAUGUUAAUUUAUCCUGGGAACCGCGGUUGCAAUUAGUGUGUAAAUGUCGUUUUUUUUCUUUUUAGAAAGUACUUAGUUUUUCCUUCCUUACUGUUAAAAUGAACUUACCAAUGAAUUUUCAUGAUUUUUGUCAACUACAUGCCUUUUCAGUUGUUUAGGAGGAAAAGAAAACAUAACAGAUGGACAAGGCAUACCUUUCAGUCUCUCCCAACACAGAAGGCUUUAGUUCUGAAAGGAAAAGUGAGAAUACUGAUUAAUAGUGACUUAUACAUAAUUGAUGCUCAGUAAUUAUUUGUUUAAUUAUUUACUAUUACUUGUUGAAUUUGUUUAAUCCUAUAUAAUAAAGCCUAAUAUGCUAA